AUGUGGUGUGAGAAGCCUGUCAGUGCUGGUUCUGGCAAAGACUGGGUAGUGGAGAUGGAGAAGAUGCUAGAUGGCGCAGACCGGGCGGCGGAGACGGCGCGCUGGAGCAAGCCCUCCAUCUACCGGGUGCCGGAGUGGCUCAAGGACAUGGCCACCGACGACGGCGCCUACCGGCCGCGGCUGGUGUCGCUCGGUCCCUUCCACCACGACGACGAGCUCCUCAGGCCCAUGGAGGAGCACAAGCGCCGGGCGGUGCUGCACAUCGUGAAGCGCUCCCGCAAGCGGCUCGGUGAGUUCGCGGCCGCCAUUGCGGGCGUGGCCGACGAGCUGCUGGACGCAUACGAUAACCUGGGCGGCAGAUGGCGCCGCGAGGACGAAGGCGGCAGGCGCCGGUUCGUGGAGAUGAUGGUGCUGGACGGGUGCUUCCUGCUGGAGAUGAUGAAGGGGCUCUCGGACAGGCGGGCGCCCGAUGACUACGCGCCCAACGACCCGGUGUUCAGCGUGCAUGGCAUGCUCUGUCUGUGGGUGGGCAUCCGGGGCGACAUGCUCGUCAUUGAGAACCAGAUCCCUCUGCUUGCACUGUAUAGGCUUGAACAAGUUUGGCGCGGCAACACACCAUUGAGAGAUGCCCAGGGAAGACAUCAUCGAGAACAAACUGUGCCUCCACCCAUUGGACAUUUAUCACAAGAACUUCUGUGGUGGGAGUCGAGCAUGCCCUGUGCUGUAGAACUGACGGAAGCAGGGAUCCAUCUGAAGAAGUGCAGGGGCACCCAUGUGAUCGACUACAGAAGCCGCGUGCUUUGCCUCCCGACGGUCUCCAUCCACGACGGCACCGAGAAGAUCUUCCUCAACCUGCUGGCGUUCGAGCGGCUGCACGGCGACGCCGGCAGCGAGGCGACGGAUUACAUGAUCUUCAUGGACAACAUCGUCAACUCCGAGAGGGACGUGGCGCUGCUGCGAUCCAAGGGGAUCAUCAGGAACUUGCUGAGCAGCGACACCGAGGCGGCGCAGCUGUUCAACAACCUGAGCAAGGGGGCCGUGCUGAGCCCGUUCAGCAGGCUGCACGACGUGCGCCGCAAGGUGAACGCUCACUGCAGGCGGCCCUGGAACAGGUGGAGGGCCAUCCUGGAGCAUAACUACAUGAGCAACCCAUGUGUUUUGAUUUCCCUCAUUGCUGCUGCCAUCCUGCUUGUCGCCACCCUCCUGCAGACCGUCUAUUCUGUCCUCGGCGUCUACAAAUCCUGA